CCUCACAACCUAUAAAUAUAAUUCACCCAACCAAGUUCUCUCCACCUUCAGCAAUCAACAUACUUGCAUUUGCAUAUCAUUCACUCUCUUCCCGUUCCUUUCACAACUUGUUUAUCAUUAAAGGCUAAACCACACAUCCACAACUUUGCACUGCCAUUUCCAUUCAUAAGUUAUAUAUAUAUAAUGGCCAGAAGAGGAGGACACGUGCAUGUAAUGCUCUCUAGCAUGGUUCUAAUCCUCUCCGUUUUGCCAUGGGCCUCGGCAUCUCUGAAGGUGGAUUUCUAUAAAACUUCGUGUCCAUCUGCAGAGGCAAUAGUGAGAAGAGCUGUGAACAAAGCAGUUUCUCUGAACCCGGGCAUCGCUGCUGGUUUGAUCAGAAUGCAUUUUCAUGAUUGUUUUGUCAGGGGUUGUGAUGGUUCAGUAUUGUUAGAAUCCACACCGGGAAAUCCAUCAGAGAGAGAACACCCAGCUAACAACCCAAGUUUACGAGGCUUCGAAGUCAUCGAAGAGGCUAAGGCCCAAAUAGAAGCAGAGUGUCCUCACACUGUGUCGUGCGCAGACAUUCUUGCUUUUGCUGCUCGAGACAGCGCUAACAAAGUUGGGGGCAUAAAGUACGAGGUUCCAGCUGGACGCAGAGACGGUCGUGUCUCUAUAAGAGACGAAGCGUCACAACUGCCUCGUCCAACCUUUAACGCAAAGGAGCUUAUUAGUAACUUCGAACAAAAAGGGUUGUCUGCAGAUGAAAUGGUAACACUCUCUGGAGCGCAUUCUGUUGGUGUCUCACACUGUUCCUCCUUCUCCGAUCGCUUGUACUCUUCCAAUGCUACCUUUGCUCAGGAUCCCUCUAUGGACCCCAACUUUGCUUCGUCCUUGAAAAACAAGUGUCCACCACGGAGCAAUGAUGAUAACACAGUGGUGCUGGAUGCUUCCACCCCGAACCGUUUGGACAACAAGUACUACACGGGACUCAAGAACCAUCGUGGUCUGUUGACCUCAGAUCAGACGUUGAUGACCAGCCCCUCAACGAGGCCAAUGGUGCUGACCAAUGCAAAACAUGCUUCAAUUUGGGCACGUAAGUUUGCUAAGGCAAUGGUGCAUAUGGGUUCCAUUGAUGUGCUAACCGGCUCACAAGGCGAGAUCAGGACUCGUUGCAGCGUCCUUAAUUAACUCUCCACAUGCUUAAUCCCUUCUGCUAAAACUCCUUUUAUUCAAUUGUUCAUACCUGCAAAUAUAUAUGUCUUCUUUAUUUAUAAUUUUUUUUUUUUGGAUAUAAUGUGAUUGAUUCAUUCUUUGAUUUGUACUGUUCGGCCUUGGCCAAUUCAAUUGUAUAUUUUUAACUCAGUCAAAUAAACACAUGAAGAAUUAUGUUGGAUUCCCUAAAAGAUGUCUGCUUAC